GCAGUUACAAUUUCCUUGUUUGGCAUUUUUAUGCGCUACAGUCUAAAGCAUACUACGAUACAGCCCGGUCAUGGAAAUAUCAGAGUCUACUAAAGUAGUGUUUUACGUAAGCAGAAUAUUUGGUCUUGCACCUUAUGUAGUGAAGCGCACUCCUAUUGGCCAAAUAGUGGAUUACAAGCGCAGCGUGUUUCUCAUAGUUUAUAGUGUAGGUCUUGUGUUUUGCUUAGCUGGCCUCACCUACAAAGGAAUAUUUUUCGAUGUAACUUCCAAAAAACCUAUACGCUUCGUUUUCAGAAUGAAAACAGCUACUUCAAAGGUGGUGACCAUUCUAGACGUGUCGGUUGUAGUGUCUGCCUGCAUUUGUGGCACACUCAGUGGAAUAGGGGGACUGCAUUUUGUGCGUGAGCUUAAUCGACGGUUAACCGAAGCCGAUGAAAUACUGUCAUUGUACGUCAAGGAAAGUACCCGAAGUCGGAGGCAACGACGCAAAGGAAUCCUCAUGCUAGGAUUAGUAUGUUUCAUCAUUACUGGAGCACUCUCUCUGGACAUAUGGGUAUGGUAUCGCAUUGCCGAUAAGAUAAAGAAAGAAAACAGCAAUUCCAGUGCCAACGUACUAGGCUACUUUCCAUUUUACUGCUUGUACUACAUACUGAUGAUGUUUCAUGUCCUGUUCGCACAAGCUGCACUGGGCAUUGGUAAUCGAUUUCGCCACUUGAAUGUGGCGCUGUACGAAAUGUUUCCCGAAUUUGGCAGAACACCGCGCAUCGAAAUCUCAUCCAUCAAUUUAGAUUCCGAUAAAAAUGAUCCUAUCGAUGUUGACUUCCGAAAGUGUGUAGCAAACGUGGCGCAUGGAUUUGAUAGGAAGCGAACCUUAUCAUCGAGAAAAAUAAUUGAAGAUCUUGCCGUAAUACAUGCUUCUCUUUCAUAUUGUAUAGUGUUGGUUUCGAAGCAAGUGAACCGAAGCAAUGCAGGAAAAUUCACAUCUACAUAUUAUCUUAAAUUUUCGUGUUUUGUGUACAACCAUUUCAGGACAUUUGGAAUUGCUUUGCUGGCGGUGCUAGGGUCGUGCUUACUACAUCUCGUCGCCACGUCCUACUUUUUAAUGGUUGAGUUGGUUGGUGACAAGGAUGCAGUAUUUGCGUGGAUUCAGGCAUUGUGGUUAUUCAUUCAUAUUUUUAGAUUUUUACUAACCAUUGAACCCUGUCACAUAACUAAUGUUGAGUCAAAUCGUACUAUAACCAUUAUAAACAGCUUAAGGAGGACCUGCAAAGAUGUUGAAAUGAUAGAGAGUAUCAACAUGUUUUGGCAGCAGUUGAUCGCUAGCAACUUUUCCUUCACCGCUUGUGGACUAUGUACAAUUGACAGACGAAUUAUCACAUCGUACUGCGGAGCGAUUGCCACUUACUUAGUAAUACUAAUUCAAUUUAAAGAAGCCGAUGACAAUUCUGGAAAAACGCCACACUAGACGACUACAGAUGAAACAAGUAUAGCAUUAAAAGUGGCAUGUGUAUGGUUUAAAUUUAAAAUUAUGUGUAGCAACAUAAUUUAAACAUUAUUUAUCACCAACAAACGUACGGUGGAAUAAUCAUAUCAAAAUAAUAAAUUUGAUAAUAAAAAAAUAGUUCACAAUAAGGAA